AUGGCUUGGUUUUGGGGUAGCAAAUCGCAAGACGACGAAGAGUAUGAUAGUGAUGAUUAUACGGAUGGAGAAUACUCGGAUGAAGAAUACGAAGAGUACACGGAUGAGGAAGCAGAAGAGGAAGCAGGAGAAGUUGCAGAAGUUGGAGACCAACCUAAAACUGGGGGCGGUGAACCAGAUGAUGACAAGAAGGUAGAGGCAAACGAGACUGUGGGCCAAAAGAAAGAGGAAGACAAAGACGAAGGAGAGGAAGAUGAGGAAAGCUAUGUUGAAGUAACUGAAGAGGACGCUGCUUCAGCUGCUGCUAAAGUUGCUGAAGACCAACCCAAAGAAGAGGAGCCUAAUAAGGAAAGGAGGAGCAACUCAUUGUUGGACAGUGCACUAAGCUCCGAUGACGAAGAAGAAAUUAAAUCAACUUCAUCAAUCGUUGAAGAACAAGCCCAGGACAACGAAACUGAUGACGCCAAAGCCAAUAAGGCUGAAGAAGCAAAUGCCGAGACUACGGAAGAAGAUCAUGUAGUGCCAUCUUCUGCUGUACUAGACGACUCGAUGGACGUUGAUGACGACAAUGAUACUGAUGAUGAGGCUCAAAAGCCACCAUCUGAAGUCCAACCAAAUUUUCAGGUCGAAACGGUCAGUAGUGACGAUGAGAGUGAAUUUAGCGAUGAUUCCGACGACGACGAAGAAGAAUUGACUUCCUUUGCCGACAAGCAGUCCAUGUUGUUGCUUGCGGCAGAGCACGACCGGGUGGACAUUCUAAAGGCCAUUCUGACGGAAGAUACGGACGAUGAUAAGAAUGCCUUGAUGAAUUCUGGUAUUCCGCCGCUCCAUGUGGCCAUUUCCUUUGGGUCCACCAAUACCACACAAUCCUUGUUACGAAUGGGAGCCGACCCGAGCAUUCGUCCCAAUGUCGAUGAAGUCAAGAAACAAUACAAGAGCAACGAAAGCAAAGUUGAAAUUAAAAACAUGGGACGCUUUAAUGGUAUCUCGGCUUGGGAACUAGCCUUUGGCAACGAGGCAUAUGCCAAGCUGGAAGCCUCUGGAAUGUCACAGAGGUCGAGUUGGGUGUUUGGAUCCGCCAUCAAGCCUGUGGACGAUGAUGAAGAAGACCCAGUCAUUUAUCCGCUAGAUAUCCCGCCAUCCAAACGAGAGGGUAUUCGACAUGCAUUCACAGCUGAAGCAUUGCGAUGUCUCGGUGGAGAUGAAUUGGAUCGUCUCAAUCAACUCUUGGCCAGUGGGAUGCCAGCAACCACUGAAAUUGCGGAAAAGGAUUUGUAUCAAUGGGCCGUGGAAAUGGGAGCCAUGAAUUGUGAAGAACAUUUACGACCAGUCGAAGCUGCCAAACAUGCUGACAGUGAGGAGAAUGAGGAAAAUAAAGACGACUCUGGGACAGAUACCAAUACUACCGACAUAUCGAAUGCACGUGUAUUGGACCGCUCCCGGCCGGGAGAUGAAUCUUGUUCCCAACUUCGCAACAAACUGGUAGAGCUCAAUUCGCUGGCUUCUGCUUUAUCAACCUGUGUGGACAAUCUUGCCGAGGAAGUUUCGGUCUGCCAUGGCUUGCUAUUAAUGAAUGGUGGAGCUUCCGCAUUGGCGUCUCAUGUCAAGAGUCUCAAGGCACAAAAGGCAGACAAGGAAGAUGAACUCAAUGCUGCGUACGACACGCUACAAGCUUCGGAACAGAAACUCUCUGUCAUUGUGGAAGCUGCUGGAACUGUUGGAAAGGAAAUUGUUGCGCUCUCAGAUACGGCUCUCAAGAAGCAAGACUCUUCUAAUGAAGAGGCAGCUAGCAAUGGCAAAGGUGAUGAUAAUACAACCGAUUCAGAGACGGAACGAAAGAAACUGCUUGGACUAAUUGCAGCGAGUGAAAACAAGAUCCGCAAACUCCGAGUUUCCAUCACUGACUUAUCAGAGGAAAGUGCACGAGACUUGCAGGAGGUGGAACGGCGUGGAUUAUCAGGAGGCAUUGAUCUUGUUCGCGGUUUGAGGGAUGAAAUUCGUGACGUCGAGUUUCAGCUGGCGGAAACCAAAUCGAUGAAUGCCACUUGUCAAGCCAAGAUAAGUCUCAUUCGUGCUAAGGUAUCACCCGAGACCAAGCUUCCUACCACGCCAGUCGCCGUUGCUACGGAAGAAUCUGCUUCCCCGAUCGAAGAAGGGUCUCUCGCGGCAGAGCCAACCAAGCCUGCCUCGCAGAUCAUUGCUACUGGAGACUCCCAAGCAAUUGCCGUUCGAGCCCCAGGAAAACAAGGAUUUUUCAGAAUAGAUCUAUGGCAGGUUAUAUUACGAAUUAUUGGUAUGAACAGAGCUGCUGACCGACGGGCCGUGGAAGUCGCCCACCGUAGCUGGCAAGACGAGAAGAAAAAGGUUGGGGUUGCCAAUAAGCGACCAGAGCCGGUUCAUUUGAUGACGGUCUAG